GUUUAACAGGGUUUCACUAUAUAUUUAUCAGUCUCAGGGGUGAUUGGUUAUCAACCCAUCAGUGUUGAAAGGACAGUCAUUUUUAGUUUUUCAUUUUAAUGACCAGGAUUGCCUUCUCGCAAACCUAAAACAUGUCAGUUUGUUAAUGUAGUUGUAGCAUGCUCUUUUUAUUGUCUGUGUCCUGUAACAUGUUGAAUUUGUUUUUCAUACGCACCACCCUGGUUUACCACUUCUGGACAUAUGUUCACAUUUUUUGUUGGCUAACUAAGUAUUUCCACCUUAUCCAAUCUAAUUAAUUAAGUAAAGCUCUUACUCUGAUAUUCUCAACAUAACUUAGUCUAGCAGCAAAUACCUAUUUCAUAUGGGUUAGAAAGAUAACAUUGGAAAUUCUUGCUUCUGAUUAAAUCUUUUUGUAUAUUUUGUCGCUUCCCUGCAUCUAUCUUGGCAAUCACAUUUUCUUUCAAGAUCAAAGCUGAUGGAUGUAGCUGAAAGGAGUAAUCAUAUUCAUUUUGUUGUUUUUAUACUAAAUUUUCAACCCAUCUCUUGAAAUACAAUGAAAACCAUUAUACUUGCAUAUGUAUGAAUGAGGAGCAAUAGGAGCAAACACUAGGAGGGUUAUGAAGACUAUGUGUGAUCAUUGUGUUGCAUCUGAAUUUUUUUUUUUUUUGUAUUUUAGACAAUUUAUUUACGUAUUAUCUGUUAAAUUCAUAAUAGAUCUGUAUUCAUAGCUAGUAUAUAUUUUAGGCCUUUCAUUUAGGAAGUGAGAAAGUCCCAACUCCUCUGACUUAUUGGUUGAACUGUGACUUGGAAUUAAACAAGUUAUGAACAUUUUGCCCAUUCUGGUUUUUUGUGCACUUUGUGCUUUUGAACUGACCAUAUUUGUGAUAUUUUCUUUCAGAAUUAGGGACGUUCAAGAAACCAACGAAGCACAUUUAGUUGAUGAAAUCAUAGGGUUUCAAGAAGGCUGUUAUCAGAUUUAUCUUGGACUAUUCAAGUUUCAAAACUGAACAGUUCAAUGCGGAAAACUACUGGAAAUAUUGUAGGCCAAUUCUUCGGUGGUUUAAAUUGUUAUCUAAGAAGAUGUAUGUUUGCCAUUUUAUCUGUGGGUCCUGUACCAAGUCAUAUUGCUUUCAUCAUGGAUGGGAAUCGAAGGUAUGCAAAGAAGAAAAACAUGGAAGAAGGUGAUGGCCACAAGGCUGGAUUUAAUGCUCUCACGUCCCUCCUUAGAUACUGCUAUGAAUUAGGAGUGAAGUAUGUAACUGUCUAUGCAUUCAGCAUUGAUAACUUUAAAAGGAAGUCUACAGAAGUUCAAUCCUUGAUGGAACUGAUGCGGAUAAAGAUAGAGGAGUUGCUUGAACAAGAAAGUCUCAUUAAUGAGUAUGGUGUUAGAUUACAUUUCAUUGGAGACAUGAAACUACUGACAGAGCCUGUCAGGGCUACUGUGGAAAAGGCAACGAGAGUUACUGCCCACAACAACCAGAGAGUUCUUUUGAUUUGUGUAGCGUAUACUUCUCGUCACGAGAUUGUGCAUGCUGUUCAAGAAUGUUGCAAGGAAAAAUUGAAUGAAGUUCAAGCGUUAAAAGAAGAGAAAGUUGCAAAUGGUGCGUUUUCAAGAAUUGAUCAGGGCCUGAAAGGAAAUGAUUUUGAUUUGCUUUCUCAAGAUUCAUGUAAAGAAUAUCGAAAUGCAAUCAAAUCUUGUAGUACCGAAGUAGAAAGUGUUGCAAGGAAUGAUGGUUUAUUUGAGAAUAAUAUCGAGAAUCAUAUCGGUAACGACACUGAAGCUGAAACGACAUUAUACAAUGGGCUGGUUGAAUUGACUGAAGAGAGAAAGGAUAUACAGGAUGAGGUUCCUGUUAUAAAACUGGCGGAUAUUGAGAAGAACAUGUACAUGGCAGUUGCACCUGACCCAGACAUCUUGAUCCGAUCUUCUGGAGAAGCUCGCCUCAGUAAUUUUCUACUUUGGCAGACUACUACAUGUCCUUUAUAUGCACCAACUGCGCUUUGGCCUGAAAUUGGUCUCAGACACUUGAUCUGGGCAGUAUUGAACUUUCAGAGGCACUACUUUUAUUUGGAAAAGAAAAAGAAACAAUCUUAAGUGUAUCCUUACCGGCCAAAAUCCAGAAUAUGUGGCAACAGUGCUUCUUGAAAUGCUGACAGGCAUGAGGGCACUUGACACAACCUCCAGAGAGAAGAAACUGGAAGAUUGGACUAAGCUUCGUCUCUCUUCUAAAGAAACAUAAUGGAUGGUAGGAUAGAGGGUCAGUAUUCGCGAAAGAAAGCAUUACAAUCACCACAACUUACUCUAAAAGGCCAUAGUACAUGACCCUAAACAAUGUCCUUCAAUUUAAUUUCACUAGAUUUUUAAUGUUAUCCUUUUUUGUUAAUAGAUUAAUUAACUUGUGUUA